AUGGAUAAUAUGGAUAAUAUGGAUACGACAAUAAUAGAAAACGAAGAAGAGGUCUCGACGUGGGUUAUCAACAACAAGAAGACAUGUAUGAAAGCUUUUUUCAACCCGUUUUACGAUAUUUUUGAUAGAUUUUUAGUAGAAGUCGUGAAGUGUAAAAAAAUUGAAGAAUAUAUAGACUUGGAAACAAUGAUAAUAAAAAGUACUUCUGUUUCUAAACCGGGAAAGAUACCUAUACGCCUCAACAAACCGGAGACGAAAGUACCAGCGGUGUAUUAUUUUUUAUCUUUAUUCCUAAUAAAAUUUGCAGGAGUACAUGUUGAUAGUGUUGUAGAAUUUCUUCUUCGCCGUGAGUAUACUGCGGCGGUAUCACUUAAACGAAUAGAAACACGGUAUUCAGACCUACAAAAAAAAUUUGAGGAUUUGGAAAAAAAAGUGGAAAAUAGUGCAGAUAGUGCUUUGAUAAACGGAUUAGUCAUCAUACAAGAUCUAGAAAAUAAAAUUAGAAAUUUAGAAGCAGAUGUCAUAGCAAAAGAACGAAUAAUAUUAGAGAAAAAUGAGACGAACAAUAGUUUAUGGGAAAAAAUAAAAGAAAAAAAAGAGGAACAGCCAACGAGUCAAGCGACAGAUAUGGAAAUAGAUAAAAAGACGCAGAAAAAGAAAAAACGCCCUACAAAUAAAAAAAGAAAAAGGGCGCAAGCAAUUGCUAAAACUGGAAUGAUCACCGAUUUGGUGAUCGAUAAAGGAGAUAAAGAUAAAGAUUAUUUGGAAAAACAUUUUGCUGACAAGUCACAUGACAUUACUUUUUACGACAUACCUGCGUAUUGGAGUGACGAGGAAAUUUUAGGAUUGCUAAAUGCAAAUGUGGGAGUAGUUGAAUUCAUUAAUUUUAAACGAUGUCAUAAGUAUAAGACCGACGACGAUAUUUCGGUUAUAAAAGAAAUGGUGAAAGCGUUUCACGCUUUCUUUGGAAAAAUUAUCAGAGUCAAAGGGAAAAGAUUUAUUAUUUUGUAUUUUAACAAACAAUCAGAUUUGAUGUCGGCAAUUAAUAAAUCCAUAGAGACAUCUGAUAUCGGAAGGGGAUUAUGGAUCAAGAAAGAAAACGACUACAUCGAUGAUAAUGGCGAAUUACAAGAAGACAUUCCGCACCAUCAAGAAGGCAUAAUCAAUGGUAGCCAUGAAGGAAGUUUCAUAAUCCAAACAAACUUAACAAAUAAAAAUAUAGAAAACAGCAAAAACAUAUUAAAAGAUUUAAAUACAGCAAAAAUAGCAAAAAACUAUAAAGAAAAGGUUUCACAGGAAAAUGAAUGGGCAAGAGAAAAUGAAAGAGAAAGUGAAAACGAAAGGGGAUGGACUUCUGAAGGACGUACUUUUAAGAUUCGUUCAGGUGAACUUCUGAUGAACGGAAAACCAAGAUUCGAUCGAGUGGAGUGGGCUUCCGACCUUCGGAAAAGAAAAACCAAGAUUUGUUUGGGUGGGCUUCCAAAGAAUGAAAACCCAAAGAUUUGUUUGGGUGGACUUUCGAAGAACAAAAACCCAAAGAUUCGUGAGCUUCCGAAAAAUGGAACAACCCAAAGAUUUGUCGUGUGGGCUUCUGAAGAACAGAAAAACCCAAAGAUUCGUAAGUUCAUGAAGAACAGAAAACCAAGAUUCGUUGGCUUCCGAUCUUUGGAAAAGUGGAACCAAGAUUCGUGA